AUCGGAAUUAUUGGUGGAACUGGCCUGGAUGAUCCAGAUAUCUUAGAAGGAAGAACAGAAAAAUAUGUUGAUACUCCUUAUGGCAAGCCGUCAGAUGCUUUGAUCUUGGGAAAGAUAAAAAAUGUGGACUGUGUGCUCUUAGCAAGACAUGGAAGGCAUCAUACAAUUAUGCCAUCGAACGUCAAUUACCGUGCCAAUAUCUGGGCAUUAAAAGAAGAAAAUUGUUCACAUGUGUUAGUGACUACUGCCUGUGGUUCAUUACGAGAAGAAAUACAACCUGGUGAUCUUGUCAUAAUUGACCAGUUCAUUGACAGGACAACUAAAAGACAUUGUACUUUAUACGAUGGGCAGCAUUCCACUCUUUCAGGAGUAUGUCAUAUUCCAAUGGCAGAGCCAUUUUGCACCAAAACCAGAGAGGUUCUUAUUGAGACGGCCAAGAAGCUGGGGCUCCAGUGUCAUUCCAAGGGGACCAUGAUCACAAUUGAAGGCCCACGUUUCAGUUCUCGAGCAGAAAGCUUUAUGUUUCGGAGCUGGGGAGCUGAUGUUAUCAACAUGACCACAGUGCCUGAAGUGAUCCUUGCAAAAGAGGCUGGAAUGAGUUAUGCUAGUAUUGCCAUGGCAACAGACUACGACUGCUGGAAGGAACAUGAAGAAGCAGUUUCAGUGGAUAAAGUUUUAAAGACACUGAAAGGGAAUGCAAAUAAGGCUACUAGCAUACUCCUUACUGCUAUACCUCAGAUAGGUUCUAUGGAAUGGACCAACACCCUGCACACCCUGAAAGUAAGUAUGCACAUGAGGCUGAUGAGUACUAGGAACAGU